GUCAUCUGGAUCAUGCUGCUUCAAGCUUCUAACUUACUACAGUAGAGUACGUACAGGAGGAGAUUCGGAGGGUGUUGUGGCGGAUGCUUGGUGCGUACAGUACUGUAACCUUAACCCAGCAGCAGCUUCUCUCCUUCUGCGACAGGUGGGCUUGCUAACCGCGGCACUGUAGUCUGCGAGUUGAGAAGUCAGGAAUUCCCGUACGAUCCAUUCCACCAACUCCACCACACGCCCUCCUCAUCUCUUGAGGAUACCGCUUUCGGGCAUCUGUGGAGCUGGCCCUUCGUCAGCCAUUCCCGAGACAGCCCAGCACCGCUAGCUACUCGUCGCGCGCGGCUGUAUCCGAUGGACGUGGAACGGAAGCCAUGGCUGCCGAUCCACGCCGUCGGCCGGCUGCUGUUCAACCAGCCGCGGCGUCUCGCCGUCGUCGUUCUGCCCGACGGCAGCGUCAGCAUGUACGGGCCGGGCAAGACGGUCGCUGACGUGUUGGCGGAGCAUCCGCCGGGCCACCGCGUGCGGUCGUCCGACGAUCAUAUCCUCGCCUCCACUAAGCAACUGCGCCCUGGCAGCACCUACUACCUCAAGCUCGCCGCCGGUUCUUGUAGAGGGGCAAAUGUGGUUGGUAGUAACCCGGAGGAAGCGGAACCAGCAGGAGAUGGAAGCCUUGACGCCGCUUGCCCGGACGGGAAUUCCCCCAACGCGGGCAAGGUUCGUCCGCAAGCGCUCGUGCGCCGCAGCGUGAGUUGCGCCAGCAGUCUGAGCAGCGCCGGCGGAAGCGGAAGCAGCGGGAGCCGCACGAACAGCAGCAGCAGCUGCAGCAGUAACAGCAGCGCGCACAGCGGCGCAGUGGUGUCUGAUCCCUGGGGCCGAUUGGAUCCGCGGAGAAGGCGCGGGCCCGUAAUGCCGCUGGGCAGGCGCAAUAGCAUGGUUGGUAGCAGCGGCGCCGCCGCCGCCGCCGCCGCCGGAGGAGGUAAGGGUGCGGGGAGCAAUGGCACGAGCGGCAGCCGGCGGUCGUUCAGCACGGCGAGUCGUCGCAUGUCGCUGUCGCUCGACAACCUCCCCGAGCUCGACGCGCCCGCAUUGCCGCAUCCCCUCCGCGCGCACGUUCCGCGCAGUCAGAGCAUGUGCGAUCGACGCGACGACUCGUCGGACGACAAGUCCUCCGCGCACUACGGCGGCAGGGGAGGCAGCGGCGGAGGCGUGUGGGAGCGAAUUCGCCGUCGACGCGCGUCGUUCUCGGUGGGAAGCCCGUCGGGCGACUCGGACUCCGACAAGCCGCAUGGCGCGCCGUGGUCGUCGGUUGCGGAGGAGGAAGAAGGCGAAGCGCCUGCCUCAGGAGCAGCUGCCGCGGCGGGCGACGACAAGGGCUGGUUGCGCGAUCUCGUUAGCGCGGGGAGGAAUUGGCGGGGCAUCCGCAUCGGGGGGGGGAAGGAUCGGAUAGUGGAAAGCGUUGCCGAGCGGGGCUGGUUGCGCGGUAAGCUGGGGCGGCGUGUGUCGUUGUCUCUGGAAAGCUUGCGGGAAAUGCAGGGCGGAGAGGGGGGCAACGGGGCCGACGGGAACGAUUCGUCUUCCGCAGAAGGGGGGGAGGAGGAGAGCGGGGCAGAGGGAGGGAAAGUUGGCAGCGGCAGUCAGAGGGAUCCGUGGAAAGCGGAUUCCGCAUACAGCUCUGAGAUUCCCGCGCACGUCACCCACGCCUCGCUCACCCCGCACGCUUUCCCGCAAGGGCGCGACGUGUGGAACUCGGCGGCGGGAACGGCAGACGACGGAGCCUGCGCCGCGCCCGGUAGUGUCGCUUCGGAAGCCUGGCGCCCCGUCACUCCGCGCACCCCGCUCGCGCCUGGGGGGCUCUCGCAGCACGCGCGUGCGUCGGUGGACGGGCUCGUGGCGGAGCGGAACGGCGCGGGUCCCCGGGGAUGGGGGCCCACUGCGGGGUCAAGCGACGGGUUUAGGAGCACUAGUAUCAGGGCGGGAAGUAGCAAUGCGCACGCUGCGGGUGGUCGCGGGCAGGUCCCGCGGAUCGGACGCGGCGCGGCGUUCCCAAGGAAUGCGAGCAUGGAUUGCGGGCGACACGUGGACGAGGCGGUAUGGGAUGGCUUGGCGCACGCGUGCCUCUUUGGGGUGGGCGGUCGAGUUGCGCAUUUGCCGGCAGAAACGAGCUUGGAGGGCGGAGGAGGGGCAGGUGGCGCAACGAGACUGACCUUUGGGGAGAAUGUGGGUCUUCAAGGAGGAAACGGAUCGGCGGGCAGGGGGCAGGUAGGGUCACUACUGGCCGUGCAGGAAGGAGGGUGGCUGGGAGGGGGCAGCGGCACGGCAGGCGAGGGGGCGUGGGAAGGUCGUCUCAUGCAGCAGCCGCAGCCGCAGCAGCAGAGGCAUCGGCGGUCGUCUUCGUUCGGGCCUCAGGAGAGGGAGUUGCUCUUCUCCUCGCCUUGGGACCGACCGCCCCCCCGCACUCCACCCGCACGCAUGCACCCGCAUGAAUGGGGCCAGGGGCAGCAGCAGCAGCAGCAGCAGGCGUACAGGGGCAGUGCGGUGCAGCAUGCACCUCAGGUGCUAACCCUCCAUGAUGCCACCCUGUAUGGAGAAACAGACACGCGAGGCCAGUUGUACCAGCAGUUCGACAGGUACAUGCCAUACUCUAAGGUGCAGCAGAGGCAGCAGCAGCAGCCGCCGCCGUACGAGGGUUAUACUGGGCCUGCAAGCCAGAUGUGCCCCCCCCAGAUGUCGCCUGCAAGCCAUCUGCAGUCAGAGCCUCCCACAGUGUCCGGGAGUCAUGGGGUUGAACCUCGCUACCCCGAUAUCAUGCGAUGACGGGACGAGGUGGGAGAAGGGGACUGCAGCAUUGCCACGCGUGUGUGUCUGUGUGUGUGAGUGUGAAGUGUGUGUGUGAGUGUGUGUAGUGUGUGUGUGAGUGUGUAGUGUGUGUGUGUUUGCGCGCGCGCGCGCACAUGUGUGUUGGUGUGCAGAGAGCACAUGCACGCAUGUAGUUGUGUGCAGGCAUCAUCAGGCCACAUUGACCUUUGUGCUUUACACCUGAUUUUGUGGUGACAAGACGUUUCACUGAGUAAACCUACCAGUAUACC